GUUCGCUGUCGAACCUGCACCUUCUCAUUGUUUUAAGUUCUCGGGUUUUAAGUUCUCUGGUUUUAAGUUCUCUGAUUUUACAUUCUCUGCCAUCUGUGUUCCAAUUUUCAUUAUAUUCCUUUUGUCACAUGAGUUUAGCAAUUAUACUAUUUUGUUAUUUUCAGCCACAUGCAGUGAAAUUAAUAUUUAGAACUAAACAUUGUUCCACGCAUAUUUGUAGCCGCGAAUGUGAUAUUAUCAUCGAGUUAACAGUGUGAAAAUUGUUAAAUUGCUGAAGCGGUAAACAUCGUAAUUAUAUAGCUGGCAACUGUACGCCAUAAUGCUACGUACCACAACCGACGUUUUAUCAAGGCUCACAAUUAAUGAGUUGAAAACCAGCAGCUCCGCUUUUGCAUUGGAAUUCGUGCGUUGGCGCCGAAAGCCACGUUGGUUACCAGUGGCAAAGAGUAAACUAUAUCGCGUGCCCGAACGUAAGGAACAAAAUGCGGAGGAAAAAGCAGAACUCAUGCGUUUGCAUAAUAAUUACAAGCUGCAAAUGCGCUCUUUACGACAGUAUCUACGUGAAGAGGUUUUACGUUUGAAUGUAACAUCCACGGCUGAUCACAUUGUGCUUACGCCGGAGCAAGAAGAAGCCGAAUUCGCACGUUGUAUGCAAGAGAACGAAGCAUGGAAUCACAAAAUUUCGGUCGAAAGAAACGAACGUUUGUUGAAGGAGCGUGCGCAACAAGCAGCCAAAAUACGUGAACGUUUAGAAGCGGCACGUGUGCGUGAAGAGGAGCGCAUGGAACGUAUUGAGGAAAUAGUUAGGCGUGAAAAAGAAUUAGCGAAAACAUUUAUAACCCACGAAAAUCUUGAAACUGCUAUUGAACAGGCCUUAGCCAAUACAGUUGACUAUAAUUUCUCUAUAGAUUUACAGGGUAAUAUCUAUCGAGGACGCACCACUCUGCCAGAUGGAAAAGGUACGCCAGCCAACAGUGGCGUGCCAGAUAAUGAAGUCCGACAAACAAUUGAAGCUAGUAAUUAGUCAGUUAAUGCUUUAAAAUUAUGUUCAAUUAAUAAAGUGGAAAAUAUAUUGGCCAUUGUCUUACAAGUAGAAAUUCGUGAAAA